ACGCUAGAACGGCGCUAGAAGAUCUUGUGCGUUCUGGAGCAGUUGCCGAUCGCUCAUGACAUCUGCGUGGAGUGGCUUGGGAUUUCGGAAAACUGCUUAGCUCAUUCCCUGGGUCCAUCCUUAUUCCGCGGGUCUCCAUCUUGAUUAAGGGCAUCGCGCAUAUUUGGGCGUCUUUACAUAGAAAUGCGUGGAUUACUGAUGUGACGGAGUAACGGAAAAUAUGUCUACAAGCCCUUGGAUAUCUCCACGAGUCCGCGAUCCCCAUUUAGCAUACGGUAACGUGCUUGUAAUUCCACAAGCGCCCUCAUAAUCUUAUAUCAACCGUUCAUCCGCCUUCCAUGAAGAUGAGUCACAAACAGAGUCAAUUCAUUAAGCAGCGAUGGACCAACAAGGCUACUCUUCUCAUUAUUCGAGACAGGCUUAUCCCCAACACAUUAGUGCCAACAAUACGAGCAACCCUUACACGACCACUGCAGCAUUUCAGCACAUGGAAGUUGCUGGCAGUGGUAGCGAGCAUGAAAGGUACGAAUACGGAGCUGCAAGUCCGGAUGGUGACACCUCUCAGUGGUAUCGAAGGUCAAGUAGAAGUAGUUCGACCCACGGCGGAAGCAACACAAGCACUACCAGCGCAAGACGACGUGAGCAGAACCGUAUUGCGCAGCGUGCUUUACGCCAGCGAAGAGAAAGCCAUAUCAGAACCCUGGAAGAUCGCAUCUUGCAUACGAGCCUUGAGACACGGCAUCUUGCAUCCGAGAACAGAUCUCUCUCCGAGCAGCUGCAGAACGUGACGUUGGAAAACGACUCACUUCGUAGGAGGGGUGCCGAGGGGACCCAUGCGACUGCUGUCAGGGCAGCGGGUCCUUCCGUGUACAACCCAUACGCUCAGUACGCAUACAGCGGUAUGUCGCAGAUUGGGCCAUAUAGCGGAGCGCCAAGUCCAAAUUUGCAAUCAGCAUAUUCGACUCCUCGCUCGCUAGCGGGAGAAUCGAUCCCCGACAAGGCAGCUUGUCCAUAUGGAGAACCGUAUGAGCAAUUACAAAAUGAUGCGAGAUAUUGGAGUGGUUGUCAGCAGGCCUUUCCUGGAACGGCUAUGCAUCAAUGCCCGCAGUACGGCUAUAGUGACGACGGCGGCCUCGAGUAUGACAGCGAGGACCAGGAAGAGGAAAAACAGUCCGCACAUACCUACCAAAGACCGACCUGAAUCAGCCUUCAUAUUUCCGUCCACUGUGCUCUUCGGGCCUAGAGUCUCACGGACGACCAGAUCAACAUUACGUCCUUUCGCAUUUCACGUUAGAAAACUUUUUGAGGGUGAUUUAGAUCUGUAUGUAGGAUAGAAAGGGCUGGGCGGCUUCCCCACUCGCCAAUUAGCAGU